AAUUUUGCCGAGCUGAAAAUGGAAUAUGAUAUUGAGAAAAUAAUCAGAAACGUCAAUUUAGAUGUUCAUUUACCGCUCAAACAAAAACUUCACUUCUACAAAAUUAGUUUCUAUAUUUCCGUUCUAUGUUUUUUCGUCAUAUUCGUCAUUUUUCUUGCCAUCUGGAUUCCAGAGAGAAAGAAAUAUCGCAAAAAACUAAAAGCUGCUACGGCCUCUUCAAUUAGUACUAAAAAUGAGUCAAUAUAUCAUAAUAAUUCUUCUCUCGGAAUUCCUUCCAACACCUUAAACGGACAUACUCUGCAAUGGGCCGAAAAUAAUUCGAAAAUGUACGCCGAUGAACAAUGCGAAGAACGUAAUAGCAAAAUUUCAUCAUCCGAUAUAUGGAACAACAUAUCUAAUCCCAGCCUAUAUUCCCAUAACAAUAAUAAUCACAACAGUAUUAACAACGGAAACCCAAACGUACGGCAAAAUCCCUCAUUGAACGAUAACUACUGCAUUAUAGAUCAAAUCAGCCCUUCAGAGCAACAGCUUCGCAAUAAUAAAAACGACAAGAUUUUAAAACUCAUAAAUGAUGACUUUGCCAAAAUUCAACAGAAACAAUUGGACGAAGCCUUAAGACUCAAAUUAUAGCCAAUUUAUCAUAUUUUUUAGUUGAAG